AGAUCAGGCAGAAGAGCUCGUCCGGUCGCUGAGAUGAAGAGCACCGAAGACUCUCGUCAGAGGAAAUCAUCUUCAUCAGUCAGUAAUGCAGCGCAGGUCAGUCCUCAUCUUACUGAUGGACCUCCACCGAAGCCGGCGCGUCGGCAGGGAGGAUGGGCGGAGGAGAGCACAGGAACCGGAUCUGCCAAGUCCGGACGCCGGCUGGCUGCAGAAGAGCUGGAGGACCGGCGACUGAGGCCACAAACCCCCGAGGCCUCCGACAAUGAAAGUGACAUCCCAGUGAUUCCAGACCUGGAGGAUGUUCAAGAGGAAGACCUCACCAUGCAGAUCGCUGCUCCACCCAGUAUCCAGGUGAACAGAGUUAUGACCUACAGAGACCUGGACAACGACCUCAUGAAAUACUUGGCUUUUCAAACCCUGGAUGGAGAGAUUGACCUGAAGCUGCUCACGAAGGUUUUAGCCCCAGAGCCGGAGGUGAGAGAGGAGGACGUGGGCUGGGAUUGGCAUCAUCUGUUCACCGAGGUCUCCUCUGAACUCCAAACGGAUUGGGAUCAAGAAGAGCGGGAAGAUCAGUCUCCACUUCCUGUGGCCUGA